AUGAACAGCGACUUUCGCGUCGCCAUUAUCGGCGCGGGCAUCGGUGGCCUCGCCCUGGCCAUGGCGCUGCACAAGAAAUCUGUUCCCUUCACCCUCUACGAGGACGCCAAGGAGUUUUCAGCUGUAGGUGCUGGUAUCGGUUUUGCGCCAAACGGGAUGCGAGCCAUGGAUCUGAUUGAGCCUGGAUUCCGUCCCUUGUACGAGAGGAUUUGCGUGGGGAACAAGGGUGCUGAUAAACAAGACAUCUUUUUUGAGGGCAUGCUUCUUAGUGAGGGUUUGGGCAAAGACCAAGCUUGGUACGGCAAAUCGGCGUGGGGCCAUCCUGAUUUCGAGCGCAAGUCUGCGCAUCGCAAGACGCUGCUUGAUAUCAUGACCAGCUUCAUUCCACGCCAAAAUGUCAAGUUUAACAAGCGCCUCGUCAACAUUGAACAGCUGCCAUCCAAACUUGUCCUUGCCUUUGCCGAUGGAGAAGUCGCAGAAGCAAGCAUUCUUGCUGGCGCUGAUGGCAUCAAGAGCACAGUCCGAGAGCAUGUCCUGAAACCGCAAUUUCCCGAGCAAGUAGCGCCUGUCUACGCUGAUGCGUAUUGCUACCGUGCUGUCAUCCCAAUGGCUGAUGCCGAAGCUAUUCUGGGAGAUUUGACCGACGUUGCCAAAUUUUACUUUGGCCAUAAGCGUAGCGCAGUAACCUACCGUAUAUCAGAGGGAAAGGAGUUCAACUACCUUUUGUGCGUCACAGAUGAGCAAGGCUGGGACCAAGACAAAGCUGUGACAGAGAAAGUCUCACACGAAGCCAUGAUGGCCGAUUUCGAAGGACCAGGCGUCGACGACCGCUUCCGCAAACUUUUGGCCAAGGCAAAUCCAAUCCGAUGGGGCUUCUUCCACCACUUGAGGACUUCGACAUAUUACCGAGGCCGUGUGGCUCUUCUAGGUGAUAGCGCACAUGCGUCAUUGCCAUUUCAGGCAGCGGGCGCUGCUCAAGGCGUCGAGGACGCUCUGGUCCUUUCGAAUAUAUUGUCAGAGUUUGUCAAAUCAUCGACAAAAGAAGCAGAUAGCGACGCAAACGUCGUUGCUGGUCUCAGCGCGUACGACUCAGUACGAAGGCCUCGCGCCCAGAAGCAACUGGAGCAGGCGGCUGAGGUUGCCCGUAUGCUCUUCUUCCAGCACGAAGAAGCAGGGGACGAUAUGGGCAAGAUCUUGCCUCGCCUUCAGCAAGGUCGGUUUGAUUGGCUUUGGUUUCACGACGUGCAGGGCGACGUAGACGAAGCCUUGUCGAGAAUGCAAAAGCCGGACGUCGAGCUAUAA